AUGAGGAGGGUAGCUUCUCUCUCAAACCCUUCCCUCCUCUCUUCAAACAAUAACACUCCAUCUUCUUCAUUGACUGCCACCUCAUCAUCUCUCCAAUCCCAUCUACAAGCCUGCAAGACCGUCCAUCAUCUCCACCCGAUUCUCUCCCGAUUCAUCAUCUCCGGCCUCGUCCGCCAACCCAACUCCCUCUUCAAACUCAUCAACUUCCUCCUCCUCUCUCCCCACCCUCCUUUCCUCCUUCACGCCCGCCUCCUCCUCCGUUUCCAUUUCGACGCCAUCCCUGCUUCCUCCACAUUCCUCUACAACACCCUCAUCAGAUCAUACACCCGCACCCGCUUCCCCGAAGAAGCUCUCACUUCCUUUCUUCAAAUGCUCCGGAAUGGUCUCAAACCCGACAAUUACACUUUCCCCUUUCUCAUUAAGGCUUCCACUCUGAUGAAUUCUAUGGGAGAAGGGAAACAGGCCCAUGCCCAGAUCGUUAGGACCGGCUUCCAAUCGGAUGUCUUUGUCUUGAAUACGCUUCUUAACAUGUAUUCCGUCUUCCGCGAUAUGGAAGCCGCGAGGGCGUUGUUCGACGCAGGCCCGUGUUUAGAUGUUGUCUCUUGGAAUACUAUGAUUGAUGGGUAUGUGAAAUCUGGGGCUGUGGAGAUCGCGCGCCAGUUGUUCAAUGAGAUGCCUGUUAGAAAUGAGGUUUCUUGGAGUGCUAUGAUUGCUGGGUAUGCUAGCAAUGGUGAUUUGGAUGUUGCACAGUCCUUGUUUAAUAGAAUGCCAGUGGGUAGAAACAUUGUGACUUGUAAUUCGAUGAUUUCGGGGUUUGCAAGGUGUGGGUUUUUGCCACUAGCACGGAAGCUGUUCGAUGAGAUGCCGGAGAGGAAUGUUAUUUCUUGGAAUUCAAUGAUUGUGGGGUAUACUCAGAGUGGCGACCUUGAGUCUGCACGUCGGCUGUUCGACGAGAUGCCUGAUAAAGAUGUGGUUUCUUGGAGUUGCAUGAUUUCAGCUUACGUGCAGAGCAACCGCUACAGAGACGCUUUGGAGGUGUUUAGGGAGAUGCAAAUUGACAAUCGGGUGCAACCCAAUGAGGUCACUAUGGUGAGCAUGCUUUCAGUCUGUGCUCGACUGGCAGCGUUAGAUCAAGGGAAAUGGAUACACGCUUACAUAGAUAGGAAAGGGAUGAGACUAACUGAUAACCUUGGGGCAGCUUUGAUUGAUAUGUAUGCAAAGUGUGGAAGCAUAGAGACUGCGAUCAAACUUUUCUGGAAGUUGGACCGGAGAAAUGUUUCCACUUGGAAUGCACUGAUCACGGGGCUAGCUAUUAAUGGGUUUGCUCAUGAAUCACUUGAAGCCUUUGCAGAGAUGCAGAGAUUGGGGAUGAAACCCAAUGACAUCACUUUUAUGGGAGUGUUAACAGCGUGUUGCCAUGGAGGAUUGGUGGAUGAGGGACGCCAUCAAUUUGGUAGAAUGUUAAAGGAUUACGAAAUUCGACCUGAAAUGAAGCACUAUGGAUGUAUUGUUGAUCUAUUGGGUCGAGCUGGCUUGCUUGAAGAAGCAGAAGAGAUGGUCAAAAGCAUGCCCAUGAAACCAGACGUAAUGAUAUUGGGUGCUUUGCUCGGUGCCUGCAGGAUUCAUGGAGACGUUGGUGUUGCAGACAGAGUGCGUAGGGACUUUCUCGAAUUAAGGUCUCGUCAAGCCGGCUGCCAUGUACUUCUGUCUAAUAUCUAUGCUGCUGCUGAUAGAUGGGCAGAUGCCUCAGAGAUGAGAAAUAUUAUAAGGACAAAUGACAUAAGAAAGGAGCCUGGAUCUAGUUCAAUCGAAUUGGAUGGAUCCGUUUACGAAUUUCUUGAAAUAUCAGAGAAGCAGAGGAAACUAUUGAAGAUCUGCAUGGAUGCUGGGUGGAUGGGAAAGUUAUCGGAGUCUAGAAGGCUGGGUUUGCAUGGAGUGGAAGGCAAUUGA